AAAAAAAAAAAAAAGGCCGGGUUGUUACGGCAUACAUAACUUAUCUGUCAGCUCCACCUUGCAGCUGAAUAUGCGGUACCUACAUGGCCUACAUGCCAACCUAAGCCUUUGAAGUUGCCCCAAAACGAGCCCUGGAGACCUUUGGACUCUCUGCGCUCCAGCUCUUUGAGAGAAACGCCUUUGUCGUCAUUAGCCGGCCCGACCAAUCGGGACCACUUCCAUCAUAGAUAACGAUAAUCGCAGAUAAACGGACAUUAUUACAUAGAUCUCACCGGAUGACUCCUGACGUGCGACUUGCAUAUAACGAAUCGUUCAUCAAUCGCAGGACUGUGAGGAAUCCAGCCGAGUCUACAAUAGAAUCUCACUUGUAAAUCCCCACCACAUUCAUUGAAUUUUACCCCUAGACUAAUAAGCCCAUUACACUGUCCUAGACUACAUAUUGGAUAUUAUAUUUCACGAUGGAGAAACCAUCGGAGAUACAGUCUGAGUUAGACAACUUCAGAGAACAGUGGCGUGCUGAGGUCUCGGCACGGUCCAAGAACGCACCACCACAGCAGGAGCAGGAGCAGCAGCAUCAAGCUCGAGCAGGUCCCUCAAAGGCUCCGAUUUCAUUGAUAGCGCCACCACGUAAAACUGAUCAUACUCAUAAAAGAGUACCGUCGAAAGAUACAACACAUCAUGACCAUGAGGAAGAUUACGUCCAGACUCAUAACUUUGAUGUUGACCCGCACAGGGGCAAGACCAUCCAGUCCCGAGAUGACACAGUAGAGCACGACAAAGAGCCAGAAACAGCACUUGAGUACUAUGAGAAGGCGGUCGACAACGAAACGUCUGGCAAGCUGGGAGACAGUCUUAGUCUCUAUCGAAAAGCCUACCGGAUGGACAGCCGGGUCGACCAGGACUAUCGCGACAAACACUUCCCAGGUGUUUGGAAGAAAAAGACGGCAGAUGCGCAACCAGCUCAGCCCAAUCCCUCAAAUGCCGCUGUCACGGUGCCCAAUACCGCUCAUCAUUCACAAGAAAGCGCCCCCGUCCUAUCAAUACCCGAUCUCAUUGCCAGUUUUGCCGGCCUAGGCGUCCAGGCUGCCCCGCCAGUGAUUGAGGGCAUGCCCCAGCCUCCAUGUCCCAUCUCUGAGUUGCCCGAAGAAAUCUUGGUCCAUAUUCUUCGAGAUGUGGCCGUUAUUGAUGUCGGUGAUUUCAUGCGUCUUUCCCGCGUCUGCAAGCGGUUCGCCUACCUUAUCGCUACCCAGAGCCAGAUUUGGCGACGAAUCUGUCUUGGGGCCGAGUUUGGCUUUGGGGGCAUGGUAUACCACUGGCAACGAGGACAUUCUUGGGAAGAACUCGAUCCCAACCACGAGCUCGAUGACGACACCGUCACCAUGGGCGAGCUUUUCCAGCGACGCGCUGAAGAGAGUGAAGCGACAACCAAUGCGCUCUACGGCUCGGUCUACCCAUCCUGGCAACGCAUGUUCCAACAACGACCACGAAUCCGGUUCAACGGCUGCUAUAUAAGCACAGUGAACUAUAUUCGCACCGGUCAUGCCUCUGGGAACCACAUUACUUGGAACAGCCCCGUACAUAUAGUGACUUACUACCGCUAUUUGCGUUUUUUCCGUGACGGCACCGUCAUCAGCCUCCUCACCACUACUGAACCCACAGAUGUGGUGCAUCAUCUGACCAAACCACUCUUACAACAGCACGCAAAGGGAGGUGCACCGCAUCUUCCAUCUGCCAUUGUAUCCAGAGCACUUAAGGGCCGUUGGAGACUUUCAUCCUCCAUCCACAACCCAGAUGUGGCGCCCAAUGAAGCAGAGGGUGAAUUAGUCGUUGAAACUGACGGCGUUGACCCCAAAUAUAUGUACCGUAUGGAGUUCAGUAUGAAGAGCGCGGGUAAGGCGCGAAACAACAAAUUAAACUGGAAGAGUUUUUGGAGUUACAAUAAGUUGACGGAUGACUGGGGCGAGUUUGGGUUGAAGAAUGACAAGGCGUUUUACUUCAGUCGGGUCAAGAGCUAUGGCUUCAGUGGCGAACGAUGAAGUUGAUUAUAGCCUCUUUUUCGUAGAAAUCACUUCAAUGACCGUCCGCUGCGGUUGGGUCUUAUAUCUAGGCAUCCCGCAUCCGUAAAUGCAACUUUGAGGCUGGUGUCGGGUCCACAUCGCAUGAGGUCUUGCCAGUGGGUAUGAGGUAAAAGUAUUUGAUCACCUAAAUUCAUACAAUCCUCGUAAUAUGUUUUGAAAGCAUGUUUGGAUAAAAAAGAAUCUCUAUAACCAAAACAAAAUUCGUGGGCUAUUGAUCAUCACGUACUACGAGCCUUUGCGCAAGCUUGUAGGAUUAUUU